UUCGUGUCGGCGUUCGCCGGGAUCAAAACAAACUUCGAAUCCUCCCCGAUUUGGAUAUCUGAUUUGUUUACUUUUCUGAUAUCGGCCGGAGGAAGCAAGUUUAUCUGUUAUCGGAUAACAUCUUGAAUCUUAUCGCUGUCUUGUAUAUUUAGCUGUUGACUGCUCUUUCUACUCUCAGAUCGUUGCUGUUCGCUGUUCACUGUUCGCAUCUGUCUUCCGAUACUCUUCUGAUACUCUUCUGAUACUCUUCUGUUCGCUGCUCUGCUUGUGAUGUUCCUCGCCGCCUCCCUCGUCGCCGUAGACCUCGCAGCCCUCGAAUCCGGCCUCAGCAUAGCAGGCGCAGGCAUCUCCGCCUUCGCCGCCGCCAGCAAAAUCUACUCCACCGUCCGCUCGUCCCGCAAGAAAGAGCCCCAGCGCCGCGACCUCGAUCUCGCGUCCGUGACCGCGUACUACGUCAUGCGCUCGCUCGACACCAUCCGCAUACCCUCCAACCUCGAGCUCCCUGACCAACUCGUCCGCUCGAGCGAGCCUCAGCGCCUGGCGGAUCUGCAACCUGUCGAACCUGUGCCUUUGCCCGCUGACAGUCCUUCUUCUGCAGACCUCGACCCUGUAGACCACCAUCCGCGGUUUCUGUAUUCCCGUCACCUGGACAACUACCGGCUCCGGCUCCGCGCCCGCUUCCGCAGCCUCCUACCAUUCCGCAGCUCUCCGCAAUCUGCAUCAGCAACACCACCUCCUCCCCACAGCACAGACCGCCCUUGGUGGCAACGCGACCACGUCUACAACGUGCUCUCGCGCUCAAACGAUCUCCUCUACACCUUCGAGCGCCACCAAUCCGGCGUCUGGAUGCUGUACUCCUACCCCUCGCGCGACCUCCUCGCCACCAUCCGCUUCCGCACAAAGGUCAAGACCUGGGGUCCCAACGCGCGCGGCCACGUCAUCGAGUUCCACGACGGACCGGACGAGAUGCGCCGCCGCAAGAUCCGCAGGAAAUCAACAAUGUUCGACACCUACAACGUCUUCUACGCCGCGGACGGUGCGCCGUAUCAUUGGGCGGCGACUACGAGACGGUUAGAGCGGGUGGUUAACUGGCGCGGCAAGUCCGACGAGAUCAGAGAAGUGGUGGGGAAAGCGAAACCUCUGCGGCGGGGACAGAUAAACUACGAGUUACUCAUCGACCAGUCGAAAAUCGAUCCGGUGGUAGCAAUCAGCACAGCGUUUGUUUCGAUGAAGACGCAGUGGAGUCUCUCUGACUGUCCGAUCGCGCAAACCCGCACUCGACUGCCUUAGGCCGUAUGAUUAGGAGAU